UGAAAAACGAUAAUCUGCCCAAAAAGACUGAAACAAACAGAGAAAGUCUAACUGAGAUGGAACCGAAGAGACCUGGGAUUAUCGGAGACGGAUCACUCACUAACAUGGACUAAUCUGGGAAGCGCCACAGGUUUCCUUACAUUUGGUUUUCCUGCUGUGAAGUGGACCAGGAAGGGUGAACAUGCAGGAGUCUCCAGGUGUUGCCGGUGUGGACGGAAGCUACGGCAGCAACGUGCCGGCGUUUCUCACCAAACUGUGGACGCUGGUGGAGGAUCCAGACACCAACCACCUCAUCUGCUGGAGCGCUACAGGAACAAGUUUCCAUGUGUUUGACCAGGGCCGCUUUGCCAAAGAGGUUCUGCCGAAAUACUUUAAACACAACAACAUGGCGAGCUUCGUUCGACAGCUCAACAUGUACGGUUUCCGUAAAGUGGUGAACAUCGAGCAAAGCGGCCUGGUGAAGCCUGAAAGAGACGAUACGGAGUUCCAGCACCUCUACUUCCUGCAGGGACACGAGCACAUGCUGGAGCACAUCAAGAGGAAGGUGUCCAUCGUGAAAAGCGAGGAGACUAAAGUCCGGCAGGAGGACCUCAGCAAGCUGCUGUACGAAGUUCAGCUUCUGAGGACGCAGCAGGACAACAUGGAGUGUCAGAUGCAGGACAUGAAGCAGCAGAAUGAGGUUCUGUGGAGAGAAGUGGUUUCACUGAGACAGAACCAUACACAGCAACAAAAGGUCAUGAACAAACUGAUCCAGUUUCUGUUCAGCCAGAUGCAGCCCAGCACACCCAGCGCUGUGGGCCUGAAGAGAAAACUGCCUCUGAUGUUGGAUGACGUCGCUCCCAGCCCUCCUCUGCCCAAGUUCAGCCACAGCCAUCCCAUCGAGCCGGUGCAUGAAUCCUACUACAUCCACUCACCAUCCAGCGAUGCUGCAUCUUGUUCGACGGAUGGACUGACAGGAGGACCGAUCAUUUCAGAUGUUACUGACAUGACUCAGGCCAGCAUGGCCAUUCAGAUGCAGUCUGCUGACAGCAGGCAGAAAAGCAUGAUGCUCAUCAAAGAGGAGCCUGUGAGCCCAGGAGUCCGCGGCGGAGGGAAGGGAGGCGCCGCUGACGGAGGAGAGGCGGCGGCGGCCAUGACCUCCACCUGUCAGGUCUGCUCCUCUGAGCCUCCGGUCCUCCCGGUCGCCAUGGUGCAGUCUGUCCUGGAGGGGAGGGGCUCCGCAGCCUCCCUGGUGGAGAGGAGGAACAGGAGACCCACCCUGGACCGAGGCGAGCUUCCAGAGUCGGUGGAGAAUGUAGACAUGAGUCUGGAGGAGCUGCAGCAGCUGCUGCUCAGGAGCCACCAGCAGAGCGCCAUGGAAGCUGGAGCCGGCGCCGUAAUGGAUCCUUUCAGUUUAAACCUUCCUCUGACUGAGUGGAACUUCACAGAGAUGGAAUCCAACCUGAAAUCUUACAUGUUCCAGAGUCAGGAAGCCGAGGCUUUUCCUGCAGCUACCUGUGAGGAUCAGUGAGCCUGAAACACGGACUGUUGCAUUUCAUCUGAACGGCCACACAAGCUGCUGUUCCGCUCAUUAUUCCACUCCACAGGAGUUUGAACUCACGGCCCUGCCAGGCUGUUUCCACGCUGCUGUAUUUCCAAUCUGUCCACUGAAGGACAUCUGCAGGAAAGGGACAAUGGGACAAUUUCCUAACUACUUCCUGGUUAGCUGGCUGCCAUGGAUUCGAUGUUCACAUCUGCAGUUAAGGAAACAAAAUAAUGUUGUAGCAACUCAAUUUGACUCAUUUACAGCCAGAAGGAUGCAUUCUUGGCUUCUGCACUUUAGUCUUUGUGUGAGUUCUAGGUUGUAGAUGUGAUUCUUUUUCUUCUUAUAAAUAAUCUAGAAAAAGGUUCUGUAUUAUUUAACAUGAGAAUUAUGGGAUUAAUGUAGAAUAUUUCACACGCAAGUUUUCUUAGUCUGCUCCUAAAGAAGUGUUCACUGCAAAAACGCAAAAUCUUACAAAAUAUUUUUGUUCUAAUUUCUAGUGCAAAUUUCUUAGUACACUUGAAAUAAGACCAAAUGAGCUGACAAGGAACAGUUGAGCAAUAUAAAGGCCCUUGGUUUGGUUGAAUAAUGUCUUAAUAUUAGGAAAAAAGUAAUGAGGAGAUUAUUUCAGAUUAUUUAGUUUGUGCUCAGGAUUGGUUGUAGGCAACAAUUAUGUGUGAUGAUUGUUGGAAAAACAUUGGAAAAAAAGUCCUGUCAAUGAAAAAAUCUGUCAGUGAAGCUAAUAAUUUUCAAUAACAUUAAGGAAUUAUUGACUUAAAACAACUGCACACAAACAGCUCCCACUUUAAUGCAGACAGAGCCCCAAUGUGGUUGUCCAUCUACUUCCUGCCAACGAACCAGAACCCAAACCAGAUGAUGAUGAUAAUGAUGAUGAUGGACUGAUUGCGUCACACUGGGGGAGUUUAACCUACUUAUUUCAUAUGUCCUUGCAAUUAUUUAUCUUGUAGCCAAAAAGUGAUUUUUUUGUUUUUACUUGUAAAACAAUGAAAAAGCAUCACCAGUUCUGCAUUUUGCACAAUUUGCAUCCCAACAGAGGGAGAACAUUAAGAUCAGGCCAUUAAUUUUCUGUUUGCAGAAGGCAGGCACUUGGAGCUCAAAGAGAGUCGCUGCAGGAAAUGGAAACUAUUUUAGUUGCAAUGUUCAUCAGUGGGGCAGAAUUAUAUAAAAUUUACUCUUUUUUUUAACUUUACCUGGAGUGUUGCCUUGAGUCUUUCAUGAAUGUUUAAGGAAUCCUUGAAUCUCCAUGUAGUUCCACCUUCAGUGACAAAGCUCCUCCUCAGGGCUGCAGUUUCCAAGCUUUCACCUCAAAGAACAGCUCUCCCGCACUCAGAUCCUUCAGACUAGCCGGCAGCAAUUAGCAAACACCUGGUCAGCUCAGUAUAUGACCUAAUUCUCAGUGAAAUGCUGGUAAAAAUGCUGCUGAUGGGUUGAAAGGAGCCAUGUUGUGAUGACUUCCUGAAGACGGAGUUUCAGAAAAAGCAGAAGCUUCUUAAAGAGACAAAGGCCUAAUUUCAAGGUGGUAAAUUAUAAAAUCAAAUCUUCUUAAGUUAUAUUUGGCUAAUACAGUUUUUUUGUUUUAUAACAGCUGAUGGUAACAGUUGCUUGAUUAUGCUAUAAAAUGGUGCAAUCAAGCAACUGAAAAAUACAUAAUCCAGUCCCUUUAAAACACAGAUGGAACAUAACCAGAUACAUCCAGGUGUUUUUCCGCUGAGAGAUCAUCCAGUACAUCAUUUAAAAAUGUUGGAGUUUCUAUUGCUGGAUGGAAUUGUACCUUAGAAUUUAAUCUGUAAUAGAACUUUGCAUACCUGCUUGAAAAUUGUAUGAGAUUGAGAACAUUUUCCAAAGGUUUUUUUCAUUUUUUUGUGUAAUUUUAGUUUGUGCUCAGCAUUGGUUGCAGGCAACAAUUAUGUGUGAUAAUGUGAUUGGGAGAAAGUAGCUGCAGAUGAGAUGAAUUGUGCAAUAUUGUACAGAACAGUGAAAAUACUGCAAUGCACAGAUGACCAUUGGAAUGUAGGACAUGAACAUGUAGAUCUGAGUUGUAGACUUGAGCAGACGACACUGAGAUGCACUGCUGGAGGACAGAGUUGGCCUGUGAGUCUAAAAGCUGAGCUGGACAGAAGCUUUGAACAGUUGUUACGUUUUGGUGGAGUGACAUCACAUCCUGCAACUCGGUCACAAGCUGCUGGCCUCCAUAACCGUCUCACCCAAAACCAUUCAGGCCAUAAUAUCAACAGGUUUUGCCCUGAGUGUGACCGAAAAGCCUGCUGCAAGCAAGGAGUCAACUAAGGCACAUAUUAGCUUUAGCUUUUAACUUCGUGUUGCUGUUCUUCCUCUAGUUUCCUCUGUUGCACAAAACAUUUUUGCUGAAUCUUUGACUUAAUGCAACAUGUUGGUAUAAUUACAGCUGCCACUUGAGGGCAAUAUAAAGUAAAAUAAACUCAACAGAAGCAGCUUGCAGAGAUAAAACCUGAGCCGAGAUUCGACUAAUUUACCUAAACAUUUUACUGAACUCGCUAAUAAAAAUCUAAAUGUGACCUGCAAGAAAACUUUGCUUGUGGUUGAGCCUCCUUCUCUGUGAAUGCUUUGGAGUAAAUGAAAGAAAAAGUGACCUGUGGUGUAAAAUAAGUGAAAUUGCACUAAAAAAAAAAGAUACCCUUAAACUUAGCUGGUGUUUUUGUUCCUCAUCAUAUGAGUGUAAAUGGAUUUUUCAAGGGGUGAUGAAUUGUACAUUCACUUGCUGUUGUUCCUAAUUUAUUCUGUUUUAAAUUUGAAUCAUUUGCACUGGCAGAGAAUGGAUGUGUGUUGAAAUGGCAUUUCUGCUUGUCGGGACUGCAGACAGAUAAGGAUGUAUUUUUGUUCGGUGACUGAAAAGACAUCUGCUGUUAACAAAGCCUGGCAUCCCAAAAGCACCUCUGCACUGUGAACGCUCAGGAAUAAAUCUACAUACAAAUUCACAGCACUUGCUGCGUUAGCAGAAGAUAAUAUAGAAAGCGAACAUGCACUGUCAGUGGAAGACGGGGAUGAUCUCAGUGCUUAGAUGCUUUUGAAAGUGGGCCGCAUCUUGCUUAAAAUAUGAAACAUUUAAAGGGAUUUUUUUUCUUCUUUUUGCAAAGACUAAAGUGUAUUGUUAUAAAUACUGAGCAUGUAUUCCACCUGCAUAUGAACAAUGGUCAACUUCAAU